CUGGACACUGACAACCUUAAUCUGAUCUUCGCACGGUCCUCUUUACAUCUCUUUAAGAGAACAACUGAAUUGUUCAAUAAAUAAAUUAGCCACAGUUCUGCGCUCCUUCUGACCAGCAGGAAAAUGCUUGAUCUGCGUCUCCAGUGAAGGCCUGCGUAGAUGAGCAGUACAAUCCCGUCCCUGUUGGGCCAUUACACAAACUAAAGCAUAGAAAUGUCAUAGUUGAAAUUCUUCAUCCACGUGCAGGAGAAAAUCAUCCAUGCCGGGAAACACAUAACAAUAAUCUGAGGAUGCGAGGUUAUCUUACAGUCAGACGCACCCUAACUCUCGGAUGAACCGAAGAAGAAACCACCGUGAAUCGUUUGCGAGACAAGACAACACUGACCACAACAGCGAGUAUAACUGCACCGGAGAUAACGAGGCUAUUUGCUGCACGCUGGUGAACUGCAACUGUGACAGUUUCAAGCCUGGGAAACUGAGGCGGCGACUCUGCGAAGACUGUCGGCACGGCUGGGUCGCCCAUGCUCUGAGUAAGCUGAAGGUUCAUCACAUGUACCAAGGAAGCCAGGUGGAGAUUGUUCACUCCAAUGUGGUGUUUGAUAUCUGUAGUCUGAUGCUUUAUGGGACGCAAGCAAUUCCAGUGCGUCUCAAGAUCCUGCUGGACCGACUCUUCAGCGUCCUUAAGCAGGAGGAGGUCAUUCAGAUCCUAAACGCCCUAGACUGGACUCUCCAGGACUACAUCCGUGGCUACGUGCUGCAGGAUGUGGCCGGCAAGGUUUUGGACCGCUGGGCCAUAAUGACCUUUGAAGAGGAGAUUGUGACGCUGCAGCAAUUCCUGCGCUUUGGAGAGACCAAGUCCAUCGUGGAGCUCAUGGCUCUACAGGACAAGGAGGGGCAGGCUGUUGUUGUUCCGACCACUAGGACCAAUUCUGACAUCCGCAGCUUCAUCGAAAGCAGCACACAGCGCUCUGUGCGGACGCCCGCUAAAGCAGAAGCACCCGGGUGUAGUAACGGACACCAUUUUGAGACUCUAGUGAACAGCAUGGCCCUCAUGCUGCCAUUGCAGCUGCUGAACUCGGUUCCGGCCCCGUUGCUGAGCUCCGGGACAGCCUGCAGCCACCAGGAGGCGCAAACGAGACGUGAGGCGUCAGAACUGAGCCUUGACGGCAGUGCUGGCUUCGACACCGGCCCCGUGAGAGCAGAGCUGCUGCUGCACACACAAUCUCCAAAGAUGGAGACGGAAGAGUUUAACGUGAGUGGAAACUCCUCUCCCUCCACGCCGUGCACAUCCUCCAUCACUUCGGAAAACACACACAUGUCACCAGAGAGCAAGAUGCGGUGUGCGGAGAAGAGCGGAUCCUUGAAGAAGGGCCGUGUGUUCUGCAGUGCCUGUGAGAAGACCUUCUACGACAAGGGCACGCUGAAGAUACACUACAACGCCGUUCAUCUGAAGAUCAAGCACAAGUGCACCAUUGAGGGCUGCAACAUGGUGUUCAGCUCUUUACGCAGUCGCAACAGGCACAGUGCUAAUCCGAACCCGCGGCUGCACAUGCCAAUGAACCGCAAUAAUCGCGACAAGGACCUGCGGGGGGGCCUGAGCCCGAGCCAGGAGGACGAGCCGGAGGGCGAGAAGAGAGAGUUCGCCUCCAUGCCGGAGAGCAGGACCGCCUCAAGCUUCAUCAUCCGCAACUCUGAGCCCAAACUGCACGGCUCUCUCUCCAGCAUGAGCCAAAGCGGAAUCCUCUUCCCCAAUCUAAAGACUGUGCAGCCCGUGCUCCCCUUUUACCGGAGCCUGGUGACCCCAGCCGAGCUGGCCCACACGCCAGGCAACUUGCCCUCGCUCCCGCUCCUGUCCUCCUCGGUUCCCGUCAGCACCGGCCACAUCCACAUCCACAGCGACACGGAGCCGGCGCCCAAGAAGAAGUCUCGGAAGUCCAGCAUGCCCAUCAAAAUCGAGAAGGACGAUCUGGCAGAGGAGGGCGUGUCCGAGGAGGAGACUCCGCCCCUCAGCCCCUGCGCGCACACACACAAGUGUGACAUCAGCAGCGAGGGGCGUGGCCUUGUGGACCGCGAUGGUCUUCCCCGGUCCACCGCCAACUCACUGGACGCAGAAUGGGACAAACUGACUCAGGAGGAGAGUUGCAUCAUCUCCCCGUCUUCUCCUUCUCUCUUUCACACUAAACAGAACGACGAGAAAGAAAAGGAGUCCUCAAAAUGUGAAGAACCGACGUGCAGUUCAGGGCCAGACCAGCCUUGCAGCCACCGACCGGCCCGUUUCACACACGGUAGUGAGCGCUGUGCAGACGGCGGCGGCAGUGACCCGGAGAACACCAGUCCAGAUGAUAAAGAAGAGCAGUCGCACCCCUGCGAGAUCUGCAGUAAGACAUUUAAAAACCCCUACAGUGUCAAAAUGCAUUACCGAAACGUGCACUUGAAGGAGAUGCACAUGUGCACUGUGGACGGCUGCAACGCUGCGUUCCCGUCCCGCCGCAGCAGAGACCGACACAGUGCAAACCUGAAUCUGCACCACAGGCUGUUGACCAAAGAUUAUUCAGGAACAUCUUCUCUCCGCAGAGAGCAUCCCGAUCUCCCUCACAAAGAGCAGAUGUCAGUCAGUCAGAUGUCUGUGAUCCUCAAAGCCAGCCACCGCACAGGCCUCGUCUUCCCCAUGAGCAAAUCCCUGGAGAGAGCCACUGAGCCAGCAGAGGGUGCUGUGGAGAACGACGCUGUGCUGGACCUGAGCACCAGAGGAAGCGCACACUCGUCCUGGGACUCAGACGUGGGCAGUGAAGAAGGGCUCCCUCUAGAGGACAGUGACGAGAGCUGCGACGGGCUCCGCGUCUCGUCUCCACCGUGCCUCAGCCUGCAGUCUCACAGCUCAUCUCCCAUCACGUGCCAUCUCUGUCAGAAGGUUUACAGCAACAAAGGCACAUUCAGGGCUCAUUACAAAACGGUGCACCUUCGCCUCCUUCACAAGUGCAAAGUUCCAGGGUGUGACACGACGUUCUCCUCUGUGCGGAGCCGCAACCGACACAGUCAGAAUCCUAAUCUACACCGUAACCUUGUGAUGAAUACCUCCCUCAAUCAGGAGUAGGGCAGUGCAACACACACACACAUUCCUCUAAAUAUACAUACGCGUGUAAAGUCCAGGGGGCAGAAAGUAAAAGUCCUGCCACAUGUUUAUUCCCACCGCUGUUUCUCUCGUUAGUUCUCUCUCCUGCCUGAAAACUGCAGUCGUUAGCAAAUCCAGGAGAUCCAACCAAAUCCUGUGGAGGACUUUUACUUUCUGGACCUGGACUUCACAGCUCUGCCUACGCAAUGAUUCACUCUGAACAAUUGGGGCUCAAAAGCACUGGUCACCGUACUGUACAAUCAAGCACAACUGGAAGGACAAUCAUAUUUAUAAUAAACCUUGACGUUAUUUACCUUU